AUGUUCAAGCGCCCUUCUUCCUUUGAUCCUGUGAACUCUGUUGAGCUCAAGUCCACCUUCCCAUCAUUGCUGGUCUCAGUUGCAGGUCCCAGUCAAUUACCACAUACGGGCGCCCCCGGCAGGCCGAAUCUCUUCAAAGUAGCCCUCCAGUCACAAAGCGGAAACACCGUAAGAACCGUUCCCGUUGCGACGAAAUCCUCGACCGUUGCUUCUCACAAGUCCACGACAUACGCCGGCAUCCGCAGAGUCGACGACGAUGAUCACGAUGAACUCUCUCAGCCAAUGGCUUCCGCUAGCGUUUCUUCAACAAUGACAUCCACAUCAGAAUCCUCUUCCAAUGCCGGUUACGACCAAUCGAUAUCCCCCAAGCAGUUCCAUCUCGGCAUGUUUGAGAUCGGUCGACCACUUGGCAAAGGCAAAUUCGGCCGCGUAUACCUCGCGCGUGAGCGAAGCUCUGGUUUCAUUUGUGCCCUGAAGGUACUCUACAAGUCGGAACUACAACACGGCACUGGAGUCGAGAAGCAAGUGCGUCGCGAGAUUGAAAUCCAGUCGAACCUACGACACCCCAACAUCCUGAAGUUGUACGGACACUUCCACGACAGCAAGCGCAUCUUUCUGAUUCUCGAGUACGCCGGCAAGGGUGAACUGUACAAGCACCUGCGCAAGGAAAACCGGUUCCCCGAGUGGAAGGCGGCGCAGUAUGUUGCGCAAAUGGCCUCGGCGCUCAAAUACCUGCACCGCAAGCAUGUCAUCCACCGCGAUAUCAAGCCGGAGAACAUCCUGGUGGGCAUUCACGGGGAGAUCAAGAUCUCGGAUUUUGGAUGGAGCGUGCACGCGCCCAACAACCGGAGACAAACGCUCUGCGGAACGCUGGAUUACCUGCCGCCAGAGAUGAUCCGGAGCGGAUCCAAGGAUAACUGGUACAACGAGAAGGUGGACUUGUGGAGUUUGGGCGUGUUGACGUAUGAGUUUCUGGUCGGCGAGGCGCCGUUUGAGGAUACGCCGAUUAUGACGCAGAAAAGGAUUGCUAGAGCGGAUAUGACGAUUCCGGAGUGGGUGAGCAAGGAGGCGAAGGAUUUGAUUAAGAAGUUGUUGGUACUUGACCCUGAGAAGCGUCUUCCCUUAGAGGAAGUUGAGAACCACCCUUGGAUCUUGAAGCAUUGCGUCAAGGGAGAAAGGGCCGCAAACCGGGAGAAGAUGGCGAGCAAAAUGGGCAACUGA